AUGCCACCCUCCGAGUUCAACCGAACUUCUACUCGCCUCCACCACUAUCCCUCUUCUAUACUCGUCGGGCUUAAUCUCCGCACACAACGAACAACCGCGAUGUCGAACUUCAUGAUACCCACCGCGCUUCCUCCACUAGACAUGCUCCCCGAGCUAUCCGCAGAGUCGUCCGCGUCUACGAGCGGAUCCGGCCCUUCCCAGCCCGCCACGCCGGCAGACGAAGAGUCUUUCGCGCAACAGCUGGACCUCUUUGCAACACCACGCAAGUCACAGAUCGGAGACGAGAAGAUGGCGUACAGUGAGAGGGCCCGUACGCUCUCGCGUCUUGCGGUAGCCGUUCGGGAGUAUGCGCAGGGAGUCGAGACGAACUUCGAGCGCGAGGACUCGUUACCUGCUAGCGAGUCGUUCAAGGAGAGCGCGAUGCUCGAGUCUUCGAGUUCUGCAAGCGGACAUCAGAUCCUCGUACGCUCACCCACUGCUAAUGCGGAUGAGAACAGCCCUUCGCUAUCACCCGACAUGCCCAGUCUUGGACGCUCUCAGACACUCUACCGACAGCCCAACGUGACCUUCGGUCUGACCCCACUACUCGGCACAUUGCCCUCGUCAGGCUCGCUCGCAGGCAACGUCUCCCAUGCGGCCCUUUCGGAGAGCAACACCACAUCGAGUAUGAGUCUUGCAUCUGCGCCGGACUCGAUGCUGGCCAUUAUCUCUCCACGCCCUGAGCUUGAAGCAGUUGAUGAGGCGCCCGCACCGUUCCCCAUUAUCGACAUCGGGAGUCCCAAUCCUCAGUUUGUGGACCGCUCGCUUACCGCGGAGGGGUAUGAGGGAGACAGCGAUCGUGAGGGUGAAGACGCAGAGAGCUCGUUGGGAUCUGGCGAUGAUUACACGGACACGCUCGUCUCAAGCGCCUCAGAGCUCGAUUAUGCGGGUUUAACCAACCUCAUCAUGCGCGACGCCUCCAACCCAUCCAACGCGUCGGACAAUCCCGACACUGAACUCUCUGAGCCCUUCGCCCCGCUCUCUCAAGACGGCGUCCUCUUCCCGCUCUCCCUCGCGCGCGAUCUAGCGCUCACCCCCUUCAGACUAGCCAUCCUCGGUGCCGCCCAACUACUACACCCGGCGCUCCUCCCAACACUGCUCUUCGGUCCCAAUCAUACCCUGUGGCCCCGCACAUCCGCGCCGCUCGGCGGCAUUCGCCGCCUCGAGGCCUACGCGCACGCCUUACAGGGCGCGGGGUUCACCUUCCUCUUCGUGCUUUUGCUGUUAUGGCAACUCGGUGGCCCCGUCGGACGCGCGAUCGCUUUUGCGGCGCUGAGUCGCGCUGCGUGGGUGUGGGGUGCGUUUGAGCUGGACAUUGAUCGUGCGAUGGCGCUGAAUGAGGAUGUGGCGUGCGCGUGGGCGGUGUCGUUUAGUAAGGAGAGGGAGGUUGUUGGGUGGAUGGCGCAGAGGGCGAGGAUGGAGAUGGAUUUGGGGGAGCAGCGGCGGUCGAGGAGUGAGGUUGAGUCGACGUGA